ACAAACAAGCAUGUUUCCUCGCUCAUAACCUGUGACCCCGAAAGUUUCCCACGUGGUUUUGUAGAGGAGAGAGAAGAAAACGUGCAGCUAAUCGACCUUAAAAAAGAUGAAGAAAAAGGAGAAAACAGACAAAAAGCGGAGUCUUCAGGAAGAGGAGGAGGAACAACAGCUCUUCAGCUUGAACGACAAACCGUUUAAGGAAGAUGAGGAUGAUGAUGAUUUAUCAGACAGCGUGGACAGCGUGUAUUCAGGACUGGAGGAUUCUGGGAGUGACUCUGAAGAAGAAGAGGAUAAAGAUGAGGAGGAGGGAUCUGAUGAGGAUGAUGAUGAAAAUGAUUCUGCUGCCGAUGAUGAUGAUAAAAAUGAUGAAUCAAAUAAGAAUGCAGAAGAUCAGAGUCAGAAGAAAACAGUAAAAAAGAGCAAAAAGAAAGAAGAGACUGAAGAAAAGGACGUAAAGAAAGAAAAUGAGUACGAGCAUGACAGCUCAGAUGAGGAGGAUAUCAGGAACACUGUGGGGAACAUUCCCAUGGAGUGGUACAAAGACUUCCCUCACAUUGGCUACGAUCUGGAUGGGAGGAAGAUCUUUAAGCCAAUCAGGAACAAGGAUGAGCUUGACGAGUUCUUGGACAAAAUGGAGAAUCCUGAAUAUUGGAGAACUGUCCACGAUAAGAAGACGGCGAGCGACAUCGUGCUUUCAGACGAGCAGAUAGAGCUGGUGAAUCGUCUGCAGAAAGGACAGUUUGGCGACGUUCACUUCAACGAACAUGAGCCUAUGGUGGAAUUCUUCAGUAACGAGGUCAUGAUUCAUCCAGUCACAAACAGACCUGCAGACAAACGCAGCUUCAUCCCUUCACUGAUAGAGAAGGAGAAGGUCUCUAAACUGGUGCACGCUAUCAAAAUGGGCUGGAUCAAACCUCGGCGGGUGGAAGACGACAGUAAAGGUCGUUUCUAUGACCUCUGGGCCAGCGAGGACUCUUCUAUUCUAGCCAAACACAGGAUGCACCUUCCUGCUCCUAAAAUCCCUCUACCUGGUCACGAGGAGUCCUACAACCCCCCACCAGAGUACCUGUUCACGGACGAGGAGAAAGCUCUAUGGGAGCAGCAGGACCCAUCAGACAGGAAGCUGCCAUUUAUUCCAAACAAGUACUCGAGUCUUCGUCAGGUUCCGGCAUUUUCUCGGUUCAUCCAUGAGAGGUUUGAGCGCUGCCUCGACCUUUACCUGUGUCCCCGCCAGAGGAAGAUGAGGGUAAAUGUGAAUCCAGAAGAUCUGAUUCCUAAACUUCCCAAACCAAAGGACCUGCAGCCGUUUCCAACAACCCAGUCCCUGGUGUAUCGAGGUCACAGCAGUCUGGUUCGCUCCAUUAGUGUGUCUCCAUCAGGACAGUGGCUCGCUUCAGGUAGCGAUGACUGCUCCGUCAGGUUGUGGGAGGUGUGCUCGUCCCGUUGCAUGAAGACAAUCCAGGUGGGCGGAGCUGUAAAGAGCGUUGCAUGGAACCCAAACCCGUCUCUGUGUCUCCUGGCUGUUGCUGUGGAGUCCACCGUCUUGAUCCUGUCUCCUGCUCUGGCAGACAAACUGGUAAUUUCAUCAUCAGAGAAGUUUCUUACUGGUCAGCAGGAAGAGGGGCCUUCAGAUGGAGCAGACCCUGUGGUCUGGUCAGAAACUGAGGGGGAGGAGCUAAAUCAGGGGAUCCGUCUCAAGAUCAAGCACCCCAAAGUUGUCCACCAGGUGACGUGGCAUGCUAAAGGAGACUACCUGGCAUCUGUGAUGCCUGAACACUCAAGCCACCUGCAGGUGUUCAUCCACCAGGUGAGCAAGAGACGGAGCCAGAAUCCCUUCAGGAAGAGUAAAGGUCUUGUCCAGUGCGUGUCCUUCCACCCCAUCAGGCCCUACUUCUUUGUAGCCACUCAGCGUUGUGUGAGGAUCUACAACCUAGUCAAACAGGAAAUGACCAAAAAACUACAAGCCAACUCCAAGUGGAUCUCCAGUAUAGCAGUCCAUCCUGGAGGUGAUCAUGUGAUCUGUGGGAGCUACGACUGCAGGAUGAGCUGGUUUGACCUUGAUCUCUCAACCAAACCUUACAAAAUGCUGCGACACCAUAAGAAAGCAGUGAGGGGUGUGGCCUAUCACAGAGGUUACCCUCUGUUUGCCUCGGCGUCUGAUGAUGGAUCAGUGAUCGUCUGUCACGGGACUGUUUACAACGACCUGCUUCAGAACCCGCUGAUAGUACCUGUAAAAGUUCUCAGAGGUCAUGUGAUCACCCACGAUCUUGGUGUUCUGGACGUGAUCUUUCACCCCACUCAGCCGUGGGUCUUUUCCUCAGGAGCUGACGCCACCAUCCGGCUCUUCACCUAAAGUGUUUUAACCAGCAGCAGCUCUGUGUGUGUGUGGGAGGAGUCUGACCUCCCUAAUGGACUGAUUACCAGGAUACCUUCUUCUUUUUUUUUUUUUUGUUUUGUUUUCUGUAGUUUAUUUUAUUGUUUUCAAUAAAAUGUAUUUUAUUGUUUUCAAUAAAAUAUAUUGUUCUUACAAUUUGUCUCUGUAUGUUAACUAGGAGAAUUAUUGAUUCUUUUUUUAAAACCUACAAAAUGUAGUUUUAUUUGUCUGCCUUCAUUUUAAAGGAGUUUGUGUUGCGGUUACCUUUUUGAAAAACAAGACCAUUUAUUACAGCUUUCAAAAAGGAAAUAAAAUGAUCUAAAAUUAUCAACAUAAUUACAGCUCUAAAGGUUUUUUUUUGUUUGUUUGUUUUGUUGCCAGAGGCAGAAAUUAGGACUAUCCCAAAUAUAAAGUAUUUGUGCUUCAAAUUUCAUCAUUAUGGAUAUUUUUAACUUGAACCAAGUUUUUGGGUAUUUUGUACAAAGCUUGUUUCUAAUAGUAAAAGUAUUUGUAAUAACCAUGUAAAUGCACGACUGCGCAGGCCUGGGAAUAUUUGUUGUAUCUGUUGUUUAACCAGGUUAAAGGCCUCUCUUAAGAAUAAAAUCUCUAAGAAUA